CGUCCCUCCUUUCAGUUUUCCUGGCAGAGCUCUCGUGGACGCCCGCGAGGCAGGCCUUGAAGGUGCACGCGCUGCAGCAGCAGAGAACCAUGUUAAGACUUAGAUUUGAUUAGCGGCCUUGAGGUUGCAAUUGGAACAUUUCAGAACAUCAUCAUUUCUGCUUAACUAGAAGUGGUAAGAACAGAAAUCAAUUUUAAAUAAAAUGCUUACACUACCAAAACUCCUUCGAAGACCUUUGCCUCCAAAGACCAACCCUAAACCGUUUCAUCUAAAGAAAGAAAAAAUUCGGUCAGCUAUCACUGAUGAACUAUCCAAGCAACAAGAUCUUCUUAAACCCUGUCCUAGUAAAAUUAUUGCAACUGAAAUAGAGGAGAAUGUAAUUCCUAGAAAAUUUCCAAAGAAGAAAAGGCAAUCCCAGAUCCAUAUCAAAAACCUCCUUCUUAAAUGGCGUUCAAAAGGAUAUAGGGACGCUGCAUCAAAGAGGCUUUUAAAGGAAUAUCCAAAGAUUUAUAUGCUAUUUUCAAAUAUUAAAGAUAAUUAUGGUGGUGCUUUCUAUUUGCCAACUUGCAAUUUGAUAAAAGAUGGAAGUAUUUCAGGAAAGUCAAGUGAGCAACGUAAAAUGAGACACUACUUUACGGAUAGUGCAACCAUGUCUUCUGAGACCUCAACACCUUCAAGUUCCCAAUUAGGACAAUCAUCCAGCUUCAUAAAACCUGACCUUGAGCAUGUGACUACACCAGACUCAACAUAUAUGCCUCUUGUAUGCACCUCUAGAUAUGCAGAUGAACAUGAACCUUUGUCUAAGAAAGAUAAAGUGAAUUGGUAUGAUAAACUGAAAGUCACUCAUGAGACAAUGACUAACCAAGUUUUUUCAUUUGAUGUACUAUCAGCAAAUUUACCAAGAAAGCCUUAUAGACAAUAUAUGUUAGAAACUACUAAAAAAGUAGAGGAAGAAAAAAAACAUGAAGACUCCACAGCUGUAGAAAAAUUAACCAAUUUUCCAGAUAUACCUCCAGAAAUAACAGAAUCUGAGGAGGAACUCAUUGUAUAUGGUGAGGGUUAUUAUACAGACUCACUAUCACCUACUGAUGACCCAAAACUGAACCUUGCUAAAGUAGCUAUUAUGAAAUGUCACGAACAUGGAAGAAAUGCACUUAGUUUUAAGGGUUUCUUUAUCGAAAGGUGCCCAAACUUAAGCAUUUUGGCUCGUCAAUUGGUAUAUCUUAACUUAGCCUUCAAUAGUUUCUCUAUCUUUCCCCCAGAGGUGUUAGUUUUAAUCAAUUUACAAGUCCUGAUCAUGAGAAAUAAUCCCAUCAAAGAGAUCCCUUCUGAUAUUGAAGCAUUAAAGAAGCUUAAAAUAUUUGUCAUUUCCUUUAAUUUACUAACUUCUCUUCCAAAUGGGUUAUUUGCAUUGUCUGAACUUGAGUUCCUGGAUGUCUCCUACAAUGAAAUCGUUUCUAUUCCAAAUGAAAUCAAGUAUCUCAGCAACCUUAACAAUUUGAAUCUUGAUGGGAAUGAACUGAAAACCAUGCCACCUGGAAUUUUGAAACUUUCCCCAGAUGUCCUCAGUAUAGAAAAUAACUACAUACACCCUUUGCUGUGGAAAGAGAAUUGCAAAAAUGAUGUUCAAAGCCUCAAAGAUCUAGCUCUCUUAUCCUUUUCCCAAAACCAACUAUGGAAAGUUUAUCCGAUGCUCGCACCUGAUAUUAAGCAACAGCUAGUCACCAUUAACUAUUGUCACUACUGCCAGGGCCCUUUGUAUGGUAAAGGACUUCGUCUCAUUCGACCCUUUGAUGUUUUUAAUAAUCCACUUCUUCCCAUCUUGUUUAUUCUCUGCUCUCCAAGAUGCUAUAAGUAUGCAAAGCGUGAUCCAAAUAUCUUGGAUCUUUUGACCAGAUGAUAUUAAUAUCAUGACUUCAUUAAGAAGACAGAAGUUCUACUGCCAAAAUUGGGAAAUUUCACAAUCUACAAGUUGUAGUAAUAUCUCUUAGCAAAUGUAACUUUGGUGCAGUUACUAUACACCUCAAAAUAAGGACCUCAACCUGAAUCUUCUGUGUAAUUCAGGAGCUUUACACAACUUUAUCAUUAAUAGGAAUCAUUGGCUAUUUCUUAAGGAAGAAUUUGUAUGUGUCACUGGAAAAUAUGAAGACAAGGACAAUUUUUUUCCA